AUGACUGCUCAAACCUUCGGUUUGACAAUUGGUUCAAAUGGCAGGAACACUAGUUCCCGUUGCCUGGCAACCGUGGAGUUACCCCCAGUAAUUCUUAGUAAACAGGCCUUGGCAGGAGGCGCUGUGGAAGGAACACUCAGGUUCCCAGGUAAAGUAUCUCAGACAGUAAGCACUUUAAGUGGGAUGCCAGGAAACUGUCUGCUCUCCUCAUGCUUACAUGCAGGACUCUUAAUCGCAGCGGGGGGGGGGGGUUGAGUCUGAAGCACUCAGGACACAACUGUGCAUAUCUAAUUUUAAAGCAGCAGCGUAGAAUAUGCCGUCAACACCAAUGGGGGUUGUGGGGCAGAGGUUAUGUUGCUGUUGUUUUCCUCUCUCUCUCUCUCUCUUAACACGCUUCAUGUGUGUGAGGGAAAAGCAGUGUGUCAGCACACUCUCGCAUUGUUGCUCAAAUUCGAAGCAUAAAAUAUUUAAUACAGCCAGUGGCAACAAAUUGGUUCUUAUUCCCUUCCUUUGUGUUCAGGGGUUUCCAUUCCCUGUGUUUCACCUGCUGCUUCAGCCACAGAAUCUUUGUAGUUGUCAAAAUGGCAGACAAAGCUUCUUUCCCACCAGAGGAAAGCAAUACUACAGUAUCACCCCCUGGGGGGGGGAGUGGGAGGGGAGGGGAACCCCACCACCAAAUAAGUCAGGUUUCCCUGCUCACACCCACACCGUGUGUUUAAAAUCCCACCACUUUAAUAGCCAUGGAGAAUCCUGGGAACUAUCAUUUAUUAAGGGUGUUGGGAAUUAUAGUUCGGCGAGGCCAGCAACCUUAACAAACGAGAAUUCUCAGGCUUCACUAAAGUGCCUCAGGUGACAGGGAUGGAACAGAUUCUAAUCGCAUGAAGGGGCUGAAUUCCUCAAUAUUAUUUACUCAAUUUAUAUCCUGCCUUUCUUUCCGAAGAAGCCCAGGCUGGUAAAGACAUUAAUAGUAAUAAUAGUAAUAAUAGUAAUAAUAGUAAUAAUGGUAACAACUAUAUAUAUAUAUAUAUAUAUAUAUAUACAUACAAUCUUUAAAUGUUUACUACUUUCCAAAAGCAGCUAACAUCCCUUCAACUGGUAGUCUCAAUGUUGCUGAGAACAGUGUCUUUUGGCCAUUAAAUGCCUGAGUAAACAGGAAUGUUUUUAAAUUCCUUAUUAGACUUGGUCAUGUGGGAGACAGAUGCACCUCACGAGGAAGGGCAUUCCACAAAUGGGAAACUGCCACCAAAAAGGCCCUGGGUCAAUAAGGCUCACACCAGGAACAGUGUUGUAUACCAAAAGACCCAGGAUCUGAGUGAUAUAUUAUCUCACAGGCUUUUUUAUAUAUAAAAAACCAAACUCCAUCAGUAGGGCUCCUAAGGUGCAAUGUUUUAGAACCAAUCAACUAUCACAAUAUUUGUAUAUGUUCCUCGGUUCAUUUGUCAGGUGGCCCAGUAACACAACUAGGGAUGGAGAAGAAUUUUGGUCAGUCCACAUUUUAAAGGCAGUGUGGUGUCGUAGUUAGAGUGCUGGACUAGAUGUGAAACUAGGAUUCAAAUCCCUACUCAGCCAUGAGGCCCACUUAGUGACUUUGAGCCAGUCACUGUCCCCAACAGAUCCUACCUCACAGGAUUGUUGAAAUGAUAAAGUGGGGAGAGGGAGAUGCCACCUUGAGGUCCUUGAAGAAAAGGGGGGAUAUAAAUAUAAGAAUAAAGAAACACAUAAACUGGCCUAAUUCAUAGCUUCCAUACUUACCUAGAAUGAGACUGGAUUGCAUACCACAUACCACUCUAAAUUUUGGGAUGUGGUUUUAAAAAAAUAAAAUACAGAAAUGCAUAUUUUUACAGGGGGGAAAAUGUGUAGGGAAAUGCAUACAACGCCAGCUGUCAAGAUGGCUUAUAAUAAAAAUGUAACCCAAAAAUAAAACAGAAAAAGAAAUGAAGAGCAUAAAAGUAGCAGAAUAAGUAAGCGAAACGGUGAAAUAAAAAGCAGCUGGGAGAACCAAAAUCAAUAAAAGAAAGGGUACUCAAACAUAGCCCAAAUAUAGAAUGGUUCUUCAAAUAUAGCCAUGGAGACAGGCACACAUGGCUGGGAUGGGCGUUUCAAAAUCUGGUUGUGGCCUAGAAGGUGAUGUCAUUGGUUCUGCAGUAUUAAAAAUAAAAUAAAAAAUCCCAGUAUUCCCCUGCAUUCCUCUGUGAGGAUAGAGUUUUUGCACAGAGCGACAUCUGCUAGCAGCAAUGGCCAGCUAAUUCAAAGUAAAGAAGCAAGAAGAAUAAUGACUUGAGUCAUCUGAAGACAUCCCCUUCUCACUUAUUUACUUGGAAUUUACUUGGCUUUCAAGGUGAGUGGAAACCAUCUCCAAAACAGAGUAAUCUCUGCCAACAAAGGUCCGUACAGUUAAAGCUAUGGUUUUCCCUGUAGUGAUGUAUGGAAGUGAGAGCUGGACCAUAAAGAAGGCUGAUCGCCGAAGAAUUGAUGCUUUUGAAUUAUGGUGCUGGAGGAGACUCUUGAGAGUCCCAUGGACUGCAAGAAGAUCAAACCUAUCCAUUCUGAAGGAAAUCAGCCCUGAGUGCUCACUGGAAGGACAGAUCCUGAAGCUGAGGCUCCAAUACUUUGGCCACCUCAUGAGAAGAGAAGACUCUCUGGAAAAGACCCUGAUGUUGGGAAAGACGGAGGGCACAAGAAGAAGGGGACAACAGAGGACGAGAUGGUUGGAUAGUGUUCUUUUUUUAAAAAAAAUAAUUUUUAUUAACCGGCCCAUCAAAUCAAAUCAAAUCAAAUCACAUAAAUUCCGAAUUACAAAGCCGAAUUUUAAAUUUUGUUGAGGGGACCCAUAUUUCAAGAUCCGAAGGGGGAUUCUGAUCAUCUUCUUGCUACUGCGUUAAUGUCCAAAUCAGUCCAAACAAAGUUCAUAAUUCUAUCCAGUCUUAUCUUGCUGUUUCCACAUCAUAUAUGUUCAUAUAUUUUCUCUUUUUUCUUUAUGAUCUCUUCUGAUAGUCUCCUUAAGCCGAUAAACACCAAUAAUAAUCCUGUGUGAAUUUUUCCAUUCUUCCAAUCCUCAAAUCGAGAUGGUUUCCAUAUAUCAUCGCCUUCAUAGAUAACAUCGCUCUUUCCAUCUUUAAUUACAGAACUGUCGUUCUUAAGUCCCUCUGAGGAGUUUCACCCACAAUAUAAAAACAGCUCUAUUUCUCUAUUUCUCCUCCCAGACUUAAGUCCUCCGACAGAACUUCCCAAUAUGGCGACGGCACUUUUAACUGCGUCAUUCCAAAGCCCUUAUACAUUCCACGCUCUUCUCAAAACAUGCUUUGGUUCGAAAGUUUAUCUCCACACAGCCUUAAAUCCACAGCUUAAGUCCUUAAAACGACAUUUCUGACUUGUGGGGGGGGAUUCUUGUUUAAUCACAUAAAGGAAAGAAAGGAAAGUUUUUCCCCCCUCCCCCAUCAGUCCCUUUGCCAUACCGAGUCUUGGCGUAUCUUCUCAUGAUUUAUACUUGUUCCUCCGACUCGUCUUGUUUUAUCAGAGAUCUCUUCUGUUAGCAGUCUUUACUCCCCCUCCUUCCUUGAAAUAUGUGCAUUCGCUUCAUCCAAAUUGUUUCUUUUGAAGUUCUUGCAGCUAGUGGCACGGAUCAGAGACAGCGUCCAGGAGCACCGAAAUCCCACAGGAGGGCAUUGUGCCUAGUGCCCCCAUCCCCACAAAUUCGGGGGUGGUAUAGGGCACAGCAGGCAAGGGCAGUCCCCCCCCCCACACAAUCCUGGGGGGGUAGGGAGACUAUUUACUCCCAUCACAGCCUCCAAAUUACCUCGUGUGGGUCGGAGAGAUGUUAUUGUCAGCCAUCUUCUGAUGCGCCCCUAGUGGCCCCUCGGUUGGAUAGUGUUCUUAAAGCUACCAGCAUGAGUUUGACCAAACUGCGGGAGGCAGUGGAAGACAGGAGUGCCUGGCGUGCUCUGGUCCAUGGGCUCACGAAGAGUCGGACACGACUAAACGACUAAACAACAACAAUCUCUGGUGAUUUCAAAUCAUACAAAAGGCUCAGGUAAGAAAAUGAGGGAACUAAAUGCAGCUCAUCCUGAGAAUGCCUACUUGACCUGAGAUAAUUCUGGACUGAUCACAUUAUUCACAAAGUGAUUUGAUUACGAAAGGCGAGGAGAACAGGAGACCAACAGUUUGCUCCCUCCCUCUGCCUUAUUGCUUUUCCAUCAUGAUCUAUCGUAGAUUUUUGCUGAUAAUUAUGGAAAAUGGGGGAGAAACAUAAUUUCCCCACCAAAUUUGUAGUGCACACAUGACCUCUGGCAGCAUUCCCUUUUAAAUAUUAGAAUAAUUAAAGUUGAACACCUUAAUUCAUAAUUGAUCUCUCCAUCCAUCAAUUUUGCUUUGUAUUCUGUUCACCAAAUUUUACCUCUUUGCAAAAUUCUAACAAUGUAUUUGGUAUUCAGAGUUUAUUGCAAUAUAUUUUACAUAUAUGAAUAGAUUGUUGUAAAUGCUGAAGCACUGACCUUCAACAUUUGAUCUGUCCUUGCUACUUACAUAACUCCUGAGGUAUUGUUUCUUCUUAUGGAUAGAAAGACUUAACAAAGAAAUUACCCAGCAGUGCAUGAGCUGGAUCAAUUUCACUCCAUCACCCAGUGUAAAAUUCCAGGACUACCUGGAACAAAAACCUGAUGUUUGUUAUACUCUUUAGCUCCACCCUCCAAUUUAUGCAGAAAAUGAAGACGAAAAACCUAUGAUAUGACAUGAUAAAGCUAUGAAUUUUCGUGUCCAAUUUGAUUGAUUUGCAGGGUUCUUUUUGUACAAGUUGCUCAAUGCUAAAUAAUAAAACUACCAAGCAUGUACAUUUUUAAUAGCUGGAGGGGGAGCUGGAUACUGACAUCUCAGAAAUAAUUAAUAACUUGUGUUUUAAAGGGGAGGAAAUUCAGUAUAAACCAAGGAGAUAAAUACUAAAGUAAAAAUUUCUGAAGAAGCAGGAGGAGGAGGCAAAUAUUUUAUAGACCUGUUAAGAGCCUUUUAACAGCUUUAAAAAAUGCCAUACAUCACACAGCAUCUUUUAGCACUAGUAUUUCCUUUGUUACUAGAGAGGCAGAGCUGAAAGUUUCUUUGAAACAACAAGCUCCUGACAACAAACCCAUUCACCAAUUUCUUUCCAUUACUGGGUCGUAUUAUGAGAAGUAGGCCACUUAGAGAUAAAUCUGACUGGUUGCUGAGCUGGUGAAUUUUCUCCAGUCUCUCAUCUGGGCUGGGUUUGGUCAUAGUGCUAAAACCAUGCUUUGGCUAACUUUGACUUGCUGAAUGUCCCAACAAACCACAAAGAUAAGGUGCAGCCAUAUUUAGAUGAUCAAACCCUGACUUACGCAUGUGUUCCAUCCACUUGCACUGUCCCUUGAUCUUGAUGAAGGGAACAUGCACUAGAACCACUUGAGCAGUGGGUGUUACGCAACACAACAAACUAGGAUUAAGCCAAGGCACAGAUGUAACAACAAACCAUUAUUUAGGGAAACCAUGAUUCACAAGUCACGUUUAAACUUGUUGCCUGGUUUUCACUGGCUUAAUAAACUAGAGUAUCCACAGGCUUUGUGAACCCGUGCUUCCUGUUUUCCUCCUUUCUAGCAGGUAAACAAACCAGAAAGCUGUCAUUAACCAUUGUUGAAGGGGGUUAUCUGCAACUUCUGUUUACUGGGCUGGCAAGUGAACACAGUGCUGCAAGCAUUUCCACACAUCCAGCUCCAACUCCUCAGAAAACUGAAGUCUAGAGGUGGAGAUAUGCUUGGGGUGCUGUGAUCACUUGCCAACCUAGCCUACCGAUAAUUGGAGAGAUCACAUUAGUGAGGCCAGAGCACCUGAGAUAGUAGUCCUGUAAAAUCAUUGCCAGGUGCAGUUAGCUGUAAUUUUUCUGCACAGCCAAAUCUGAGAGGCAAAUGCCAAGCAAGAACAUGGCCCAGCAAUUCUCUUGAGCAGGAAGUGCAAAACGGUAACAAGCUCUUUGAUGCAGUCAAGUGCCCAGGAGGGACUAUGUUUAGGCCAGCUAACUUUUAGCAAAUAAAUGCUAUGUUGUUUUAAAAAAAAAAAUCAGUUUUCCAAAAGUGAAAGGUUUGAUGUGCAACUAUACGUUCUUGAACUACUUUAUAUAGGUAGGCAAUCCAUGACCUAGGGCACAGGUGCAGAGCCUUUUGGAUUCUGGGGAUCAGAUAUUGUCAAGUGAGUGGAACAACCUACCUGUCAAUCACAUCAACAUGAUGUCACAUAAUUGACAGGAGGGAGAUUGUAUUACAUAUCUAGACUUGUGCCCAGUUAUUAUUGUUAACAGUUUUAUUAUUUGGGGGGGGUUAAUUUUUUAAAAAAAUGAUUGAAAGGUGGGUUGUCCCCCCUACCUGUCAAAAGCCCUUGAGCUUGGGAGUUACAGCGCAGGGACAUCAGCAGCCCUAUCCUUGAGCAAGUUAUCUGCCUGAUUGUUCCUUUGAAGAGAUGCAUGAUAUCGGGUGUAGGAUGUGUGGAUGUGGCUUUCCCCAUAUGGUGCCUCAAGCACACCUACACCUCAACCAAACACAAACCGCUUAUUACAAGCAUAAUUCAAGCAAGGAGAGAGAACUCUGUUGCAGCCAAGGUGCAACUGGGUGACUUGCAAUGGACAGGCAGAAGCCAACUGAACAACUUGCCAUAGAGCCAGGGUGGUAGAACCAGACCCAGGACCUUCACAGGCAUCUUCCUCUGAUCUCAGGAACCCAGUACCUCCUCAUCCUCCCACAGUACCUCACCAAUUCAACAGCACAGGGAAUGUACCAGAAUAGUGCUUUGUUUGAUAGCAGAAGGAAAAGCUUUCAAUCUGCUUUUUGUGGGUACAAAAGAGCACCAGAGAGAGGUGCAGAGAGAUUGUAAGCCAUAGCCUUGCUGCAGCAAAUUCUGGAAACCAAGCUUUUUAAAAUAAUAAUAAUACAUAUUAAUUGGCCAGUAUCUUUGGUCUCUCUCACACCAUCAGUCCCAAGCCCCUUUUAAUACAUCUUAAGUUCCGUUUAGGGAUCUAUGUGUUUGCUCCAAACGAGCAGCACUGCUGUACUCUGCUUGUCAGAUGAGUUCAGUGUCUUGCAUGUGUUUUGUGGCCACAACUAGUUCAGCUACAUGGUAUCAUGUGAAACAAAUACCCUUGAGAGUUUGUUCGUUUGUGCUACUUUCUGCUGUCUCAUUACAUUUUGCUGCUGGUGUCCUCCAAUCUCAGGCAUGAAUGAUGUUUCAAUGGGGUCCCCUCAGGAUCUCCACAUGGCAGCAUGAAGAUUCCUCAGUUCUGAUUACAAAAGAUGAAUAUAUUUGAGAGGAAAAGAGCACUAGCAGGCACUUUCUGUUCAAGAGCCUUAUGAAGAAAAUGCUGAGGGGUGAAAAUGCAGGAGGAACAAGAAGAUACCAUCUCUUAUCCAUGCCGCCGGACACAGAGAGACGUUUCCUAACCCAAGGGGCCUGCAAUGGCUGCAUUUCUUCAGUGGCCAAGAAAGAAUCCACAACUGACAUUUAAGGCUGCAACCCUAGCUCAUUUACCUGGGAGUAUUCCCCACCAAAUUCAGCAGGAUUUACUUCUGGGUAGCCAUGGUUGGGAAUAACUGUAAGAAAUCAAUGCACUGUAGGGAUCAACUGUAUAUAUUAAUUCAUCUGAAUGCAGAAUUAUAAUAGUGAAGGGAUUAUUCAAAUAGGGUGUUAAUGAAAACAAAGGGGGGCACAGAUAUAAAGAACGAAGAAAAUGGUGGCAGUUCAAAACUCUGAAAGGAAGUUCAAAUGCAGGGGUUAACACUGAGUCAAAUACUCAAAUCCAUUUUCAGUCAUAUGUCUCACUAGAACAUGUGAAGCUUUACAUAAAGGUGUGCAUCUAAGCAUGUGUGAAGUUCCUUAUCUCAUCAACAGGCACAGCCAGCUCCUGCCACCCGGGAUUAAAGUGAAUGGCUUCCAAAUUAGACAAUGCAACCUCUAGGCAAACAAGACUCAGCAUCUCUCCUUCCACAAAUGCCAUGGGUGACAAAGAUGAAGAGGAUGCAUCAGAUAGAAGCCAGCAAUGUGUAAGCAGCUGAGUAAGCAGGGAAGCCAGAGAGGGAUGGUUGGAGGAGGAAGAGUACUGAGGAAAGUGGAUGGGGGGGGGGAGAUACUGGAAAGGUACAGCAAGGAAUUCCCUACCACACACACACCUUGGCACAUUGUCUGGGCUGCUGCAAUGUCACAUAACUCUCUGGAAGAUGAAUGUCCAUGGAGCCUAGAGAUGGAAAAUUCAAUGUGGUGUGAAAAGAUGCAAGGGAUACCAUGGGCUGAACUUCACAUGUGGCCCCUGACUCUUGAAGACAUGCAUGUCUCCUGAUGGGUAGUAUUCAACCAGAGCUAUAUUUAGAAAAGUGCAUGUUGGGGAAAUUGUCUGUUGAUUGAGUAUUCAUCCUGAUUUGCUUACACAAAGCUUAUGCAGAGGUUAGACUAUAUCUGGUCUUUACUGAGCGUUCCUUCUGGCUUGUUUGUGGGAUGGAUAUGUGACAAUGAGCACUCAUCAUGCUUAUUUGCUUGCAGAGUGUUUAUAAUCCCAUGUUUUUCAGUGCCUUUCCCCAUCACUUUUGUAACCACAAAAAUAGUCUGUUUCUUUGUUGAAGUACAUUUGUUGUGCUAGGGCAGCAAAACAAUUUAAUCCCGCUCACAAAAUCCCUCUUACUUUUAAAGUGCAAAAGUAAGUUUGCAGUAUGCUUUUGAAUCCCUCUCACAAAACAGUGACAGUCUGGCAGCACCUUUAGAAUAAAUCAGCUAGAAUAAAUGGUCCUGCAAUUUUGUGGACCUCCUUGGUUACAGAAAACUCUUUAUUUUUCACAACUUUUUUCUCAUCAUGGACAAAUUCUUACAGGUGCUAACUAAAAUUGUCAUAACAGAACAGGUCUGCUGAAUUCACCACAAUUCCACAGUACUUUUUCCUUCAGAUUUUAGCCAGCCUCCACUGAACAAAGAGAUCACUUUUGAUUUAGAGAUGUUGAGGGUAGGUAGUCUAAACUGAACAUCUGAGAGGCAAGGGAAAGAUAAUGUUUUAUAGAAAGAAAUGAAUCCAGCCAUGGAAUGUUAGCUGGUGUGAAUUUUGGUUUACUUUUAAGAGCCAGGCAGGACGUAUUUUGUAAAGUGCUUUCGCACAUAGUUGUAUAUGAAUGAGCUGAGACUAUAAUAGUAACAUUCCUGCUAAGUUGGUGCCAUACAAGCAUUUUGUCCGUAUAUGUAUUCGCUAUAGCAGCAGAAAUGCAAAGUAAGGGGCUGCACCCUGUACAGCCAAGUUUUUAAUGCACAUUAUUAUUCAUUGGGGAACUAAUAGAGGAACAGAUUGUGCAGUGUAAUUAUUGAAAGUCACAAAAAGAAUGGAAUUGUCAGCUCUGAAGCAAACAUAUUAGUGUGAUCUAGGGCAAGUAAUUUAAACUCAAGUGUAUCUUCUCCCAGUUGGUAUGACUUUGGAAAUUUGUGAAUAGAACCUAGUCUUUUUGAGCAGAAUCCCAAAGAGUCCAGUGCUAAUCAUCUGCCUCUAAGUCCCAUUGAUUUUAUAUCCAGUCAAAAACAUAAUGCUAAGUAUGUUUCAAAUGUAUCCCUUUGACUAACGCUUCCAGAGGUGCUGUUGUGUUAUGUCUGUUGCAGCAAGAACAGCUAAAAGUGAUCAUGGUACAGUAAACCUGUGGGCCAUUAAGAUGCUCUUAGACUCUUCCUCCUCCUUCGCUGAAUCUCUGCUGGAAGAAUGCUCCAACACUAAAUGCCCAACUUCUAAUGGAGGCUAGUUGGGCCUUGGUAACACAGAUAACUUCUCUGAGAGGCAGUGGAAGACAGGAGUGCCUGGCGUGCUCUGGUCCAUGGGGUCACAAAGAGUCGGACACGACUAAAUGACUAAACAACAACACAGAUAACACAGUCCUGUGUAUUGGGACAAUCCUGGGUGCAUGGGGCCAGCACCAGCGCUGCAUUGACAUGGCAGUGUAUUAUGUUCUCAUGCCUUUUCUCUAUCUGCUAAGUUGCACAUUAUAUUUGUGCAUUCACAUGAUGUAAAAGCUACUUCUGGAACUAUAAUGGAAUAUAGUGCAAAUUAAGUGGUCAUUUCCAUGUUAUUUGCUUCCAGGUAAAAUGAAAAUGAGUGGUAAACUGGCACAAUAUUCCACUAUAGUUCUGGAACUGGCUCUUACGAUAUCUGGAAGAUCAAAUAAAAUGUGGAAAUUAACAGGGAAAUGUUGUGAAAAUGGAAUGAACUGCCAUGUGGAUGAAGCCUGCGAGUAAACUCUUGAAACUCUUCAUUCUUCAAAUGACCGGGAAAACUAAGCGAGAGACUUCUUUGCUCAUAGCAAAGGGCAAUGAAAGAUAUUAGCUAGUGAAUAGAACAUGACUUAGAUUAUGGUUGGCUAUGGAGAUAAUGAACAGCUACUUCUUAGUGUGUCUUAAGGAAUGUUGGGUGGGGGGUGGGGGUGAGUGUGGAAACAUAGUUAAAACUAUAUGGAGGAUAAAUAACAGAUGCCAGAUGGGAGACUAGAGAAAUGCCUGAGGUCAGCUGCUAAGAACAUGAGGAAAUCUGAAGUCCAAUAUGUGCAGACAUUAUGGUAGAUGAGGUAAAGGGACAUAAUCCUCACAAUGAGAUAAUAUGGCCUUUCCAUAUAAUUGGAAAAAAAAUUAUGACAACUUCAUUCGAAAUAUCAAAAAAAAAUACAGUCAGCAUAAGCUCUAAUAUUAAUAGGGUGAGCAAAUAUUAUUAUCCUAUUUAAUCACAAGUGAUUUAAUGAUCCUUAUCUGAUUAUACAGGCAUCCCAAGCAACAGUAUUAAAAUAAAUAAAUAGAACAUUAAAAAGGGUUUUAUCUGGUAAGCUGCUUGAAAAUAUCCAAAUUAAAUGGUACCAGGAGCAGGCGGGGGAGAGGAAUCCAUCAAUUUUAAUGGUAUCUAAAUAUUUAAAAUUACUAUGGGUGUGUGCACAACACUGUCCAGUGUUAAUAAUAAGUAGGUCUCAAGCUGCUUCUAUUAAUCAAAGGGGAUAGUUCCAUUGACUUGAAUAGGAACAAAAUAGCCCUGCUGCAUCAGAUCAGAGGCCCAUCUAGCACAGCAUCCUGUUCUCACAGUGGCCAACCAGAUGCCAACCUCUGGAAGAUGUGCCACAAAUGUUCUCCUGUCAGCUUCAUCAAAGACAAUGAAGCAGAUGAGGUGAUGGCUUGACUGAAAGGUGUGCAAGCCUCUUAUUGACUGUGCCUGAAGACAGGAAAGAGCACAUUAUCAUGCUUACAGUGAUGCCACCACAGCAUCCUUAACUAGCUGUCCAGCAGAGCUAUUCCCUGUGGUGAAUGGGUUACUGAAUUCUGGUCCAGAUAAGGAGGCCUUGGAGACCUGCUGUAACAAACAUAUGAGGUCCUUAGAAGACCUGCUGCUGUAACAAACAUAAGAAGUCCUUAGAAGGCACAGUCCCUUGUAUUCAUGCUGAACUUGAUAUUGCCAUUGCUACACAUACUGUGUGGGUAUCUCAAGCACAUACAGUGAGACAGGUUAAGUGGGAUUAGUUUUGUAGUCUGAUAUGGGGAACGCCCUUGAAAAGGCACAACCAGUCAAAUGUAUACUUGAUCCUUGUCUUUCAUGGCUAUUAACACGUAUUCCCAGGGCAGGGUUAAGGAACCUCAGGCCUGCUCGGCCCCCGCAUUUGGUCCACAAGGACAUUUGGUCCACAAGGACAUUCUGGCAAAGUCACACCCAUCCGCCCUACACCUGAUGUCAUGUAUGGGACAGAUAGAGACUUGGGUCUGCCUGAUAAGGUUUGCAGACACCACAGUUACCUCUGCAAAACCCAACCAUUACUUGAUAGUGUGGUUUUCUAGACAGUUUUCAUAGGUGUUUCGCAGGCUGUGCACUUGCUUGCACAGUUUGAUUUUAAAACAUGGGGGCAAAAAAGGGUUUCAUUGUGAUGACAGCUGACUGACAGGUGGGGCCACCUGCAAAACUUGGCCUGCAGAGGAUGAGGAAGAUAAAGAUCUGGACCACCAGCCAGAUCCAGUUCCCCACCCAACAGCAGGGGAUUAACUGGGUGGGAUCCAGGAGUGAUAAAUUCCUCUUUGAAGGUGAGAUGGUACCCACUGCUUUAAAAGCCCUCUCUGGAUCUGUAGGUUUGUGACAAAUUCUGCCCACUGCAAAUAUCUGGUCAGACAGCUCCAAGAGUGCUUGGAAGAGAUGUGUUAUCCAAAUCUUUUUCAAUGUAUUUCGGUCCAGUUUUGGCACAAAAAUGACCUUUUUUGGUUUAAUGAAUGGCCUCUGCCAAGAAGGGGCAAGGGAGAAUGUUGGUCUGUGGGUUAUUCUGACUCUCUAAGCAGCUUCUGAUACAACUGACCAUAGUAUUUUGCUGGUUUGGCUCUUUGGGUUGGGAAUCAGACGAACAGUAAUUCAGACUCCUACUUAUAGAUCCAGUUACAGAAGACGACAGUGAGGGACUUCUGCCUAGCCCCAUGGAAAUUAAACUGUGAGGUCCUGCAAGGUUCCAUCUUUUCCCUUAUGCUUGUGUGUGUGUGUGUGUGUGUGUGUGUGUUAGUUACCACCCAACUGAUUGGGUUGCUCCAGUCACUGAGCAGCUUCCAACAAAUUAUAAAACCACAUCAAACAUGAAAAACUUCCCUAUAUUUAUAGCUGCUGGGGGGGAGUCAUCAGGUGAUUUGAAGCAUAGUGCCAGCAAUAUGCUGUUGAAACCCAACUCUGUUUCUCAUUGUUAUCAGUCAGGUGAAACUGCCCAGACACAGGACUGGAGCUCAGAGGUUGUAAGGGCCAAACAACUGAGUAACUGUACUAUAACUGUAGCAUGUAGUUGGAUAGUAGAGUGAAGAUAUAUUAUAGCUAAAUAUACGUGGUGUUUUAUGCAAUUUCAUUUUCCUCUACAAUGUAUAGGUGCAUAUGGAAUAGAAGGCACCAUGCCAAAUCCUGUGUUUUGAGAAAAUCUAAAGUUAACAGAGUACAGUUGUUCAUUUGUGGGAAGGACUAACGCUAUGGCUCAAUCUCCUUCCCUUUAUUUCCACUGGCUCAGAGCACGAACUGUCUGCAGCAGGCAGUUCCAUCAGCCUACAGGAAUAUAGCUCAAGUCCAAUAUAUGUUUGUAAAAUUGACAUGUUUAUGCUUUAAAGCUAUUUUCACUCUUCACAAUUGCCCUUUAUAGACAAUGUAACAACUAAAUGCAUAGUCUUUUUCAGCUCUAAUUUGACCUACCCAAUGUUUGUGUGAGUGUGUAUGUGUUUAGGAAAAAUAUAAAUGCCAAGUAGACCUUUAGAUUAAUAGGCACCAUAUUGGUAAUGUACAAAUCACUUUUAACAGCCACUAUUACUUGGGGUGGGGGAAGGAGCUUGCUAACUGCUCUUUAAUUAAGUACACUAAAUGACCUUAAGGGGAUUAGUAGUCUUGUCUGAUAAUCAAUAAGCAUGGCAAGAUUGCUGUCCCAUAAACUGGGGCUGGAGAACAAAAUUAAUCUGUGCAGAUUAGUUCUCCUAGUCUGCUUUGUUUGCUGAAGACUGGUUCAGAAUAGCUGUGGUGGAAUUCAUUCAUCAGAGCUGCAACAAAAUCCUUUUGCAAAUAUGGAUUCUCAUUUCUCACCUGAGCCUGAGUAAGAACAAUGCAGCUCAGGAACAAGGGCGAAAGAGUAUCUGUAUCAGCAAACCCCCCCCCCAAAAAAAAUCAAGCAUGAAGCCUCAUUAAUGAAUUGAUGGGAUGGAUGGGCACUAAGCAGGGCAGCCUUGUGCACUCUUUUACAGAAGACAGUCGUCUAUGUGAAGGGAUGUGGGUGGUGCUGUGGUCUAAACCACUGAGCAUCUUGGGCUUGCUGAUUGGAAGGUUGGCAGUUCGAAUCUGUCUGAUGGGGUGAGCUCCUGUUGCUCUGUCCCAGCUUCUGCCAACCUAGCAGUUCAAAAGCACACGAGUGCAAGUAAAUAAAUAGGUAAUGCUCCGGCAGGAAGGUACGUAAACAGUGUUUCCGUGUGCUCUGACACUUGUCACAGUGUCCCAUAGUGCCAGGAGCGGUUUAGUCAUGACCUGGAAAGUUGUGUGCAGACAAACCCCGGCUCCCUCGGCCUGAAAAGCGACAUGAGCGCUGCACCCCAUAGUCACCUUUGACUGGACUUAACUGUCCAGGGGUCCUUUACCUUUUACCUUUUAACGCUCUAUACGAAGGGCGGUCAGGAAACGCCUCUGUAUUUUAAAAUGUCUCUUAUUGAAGGGCUCCCAGUCUGUUCUGAAGAUUAAGUACCAUAAGAAGGGGGAGCUAGGCCACAAAACAACAGCUAUUGGGCUCCAUUUAUCCAUUUUAAAAAUAAGUAACCCUGGCAAGGUAUGAAUUCAGCAGUCCAGUUAAAAUGUUGCAGCUUGACGUGCAAGUAGACGACCCCCCCCCCCCAGCCAUUUCCCAAAAAGAAUCCCACCUGUGGACUGUAUUUUCUCUUCAUAUCCCAAAUAUUAUCUAAAUACUACCGUUUAUUAGUUUCUAAUAUUCACUAGCAGAGUCUGGUAUCCCAUCUAUAACUGUAUGUUUGCAUUUGGACUUGUGGGACACACUUGGGUUAUCAGGCCUCAAUCCUGCAAUUCCGCAACAAUGGCCCUACUUUGCUCUGUGAGCUGUUGGAAGGUGUGCAAUGAACCCAACUUUUCUCCUUUUCCAUCACCCAUCGGUGAGGUGCAUGUGUGGAAUACAAAAACAAAACAGAAAUGGUUUCGUUUUGAAGACAGGAUGUCUGUAAAACAGUGUUUAUUACCUGGAAAGCCGUAACAGGGUUCAUGCAAACUUAGGCAGUAUUGGGCUCUCACUCCCCAAGAGAUCAGUCAUAUCAUGUGCCUUCAGCCUCUUUAUGUCAAAGGACUUCUGGGAGCUGAUUUUACAGCAAUGGCAUGAUAUAAUAGAGAGUAAUUAAUGCUGUAUCGAACAUGUCAUUUUUACCCAGUUUUAUUCAAUUUAAUUAAUUUGCUCAAAUUAAACAACUCUGGUAGAGAAGAAAGAAAGAAAAAGAAUGUAGAUCUGCUGAUUUUUCCUGACUCUAUAAAGAUGUAUGAAAAGUUGGAUAUAAAGUGUAAAGAAUGUGCACGAGAGAUAGAGAGAAAGUCAACAGAGAAUCUUAAUUCAAUUUGCUGAAUUAUUUUAAGGCAUAUUGCUGGUUUAUUAUUCAAGUGUAUCGUGUUCAAAUAGACAUACAUAUUUCCAGACCCACUUUAAAUGCUGCUUUUAAUGGUUUAGAACCAGGUUACCUCCUCCCACAUAUGCCUAUCUGAACCCUAAGAUCUUCUUUUGAGGUCUUGCUCUAGAUGUCCAGGCCAAGUGAAGUGAAGCAAGUGCUUACUAAGAGGGCCUUUUUGGUAGUGGCACCAUGGCUAUAGAAUAGGCUCCCCAGAGAGGCUCGCCUGGCACCUUCUCUAUGCUCUUUUGGGUGCAGGUAAUUCAAACAUAAUUUAAAUUAUGUUUUAAAAUCUAGGCUUUAAACUUCUUAUACCAUUUGUGUUUCAGGUGAAACUUUUUUGCCUGUCCUGUAAUGCUUCCUGUUAAUUUUAAUUAUAUAUUUUCUAAUAUAGUUCUGUUUGUAAGCCACCCAAGUCAUAUUUAUUGUUGGGCAGCUAUAUUAGCUUAUUAACAAUUAUCAACAUUGAUUCUAAACAUUUUUAUGAUUAUAUUAGUAUUCUUCGAAUCAAUAUAUGUCGUAUAUAAAGAUUUUCAACAAUUCUUUAACUUUUUAUACUUACAUGUAAAUUUCCCUUCACUAGCAAUCCACAAACAUGCUACUAUUGAUUGCUGCUUAAGGGAAAAAUCUUCUUUUUUGCUUGUGUUAUAAAAACAUAUUACAGCUGGGUUUUUUAGGUUCCUUCUUUUGUUCUUGUGGAAAGGUUUUGUGGCGUGAAGUACAGGAGAUUUACCUUAAUCUUUUCACACUGGGAGUUUGGAGUUUCUUCCCCUAAAUCUCCUGGUUAUAAGAGAUAACUCAUUUGUAUUUAAGAUACAAUAAGAGCCUCACAGAAAUUCAUUUAGUGGUGCAUUUAGUAAAGGAGCAUCUAUUCAUUUUGGUCCUGGUCAGCCUUGUGUGGGAUAGGAGACUAUUUUUUUGUUGAAAAAAAAUUAUAGUGAUGUAAAUCACUGUGAUAGCUAUGUGAAUUGCCAGUAUAAGCACACUUUCCUUUUUAAUCUAUUAUUGAAACCUAACUUCUACAAUUCUAUGAUUCCAUGCUUCUAGGGUUGUUGCCUUUUAGAAGUAACAGGGUUCCAAACGGUAGAAAAAUACAAGUCUCGAAACUCUACCCAAAAAUCCAAAAAUGGAAUGAAAAUGUAUGCAAAAUAUUAAGUAUGGAUAAAAUCUUGCAUCAGUUGCACUUUCACAUCAGCUAAUCCUGAAUUUAAUGAUGAUUUUAGAGGGAAAUGGCACCCAGUUCUAAACAUGAUCAACUCUGUUUCCUGGAAAUACAAAAGGUUGCUUAGGUUCUCUUCUUUCGCUAUUUAAAGAAGGCAACAAUAGAUCACAUUUAGCACUGUCUACUUCCCUUUAUACAUUACAUAAUUACUACUGUUGUUAAAGUUAUAUAAAACUUGGAAUAAUCAGUUUUGUAAAUCUGUAGAAGGCUUAUAGCUUAUAGGUUGCUUCUCCUCCCCAUUGACUUCCUUUUGCCAACAGUCCCUCACAUUGAAGACAGUCCUAGUGAAGCUGUGAAAAGAUUAGACAGAGCACAUGGUACAGUGAACUGGAGAGAGUGUUAGGAGUGUGAGUUUAAUGCUGUUACUGUUAAAAUAGUUCCCUAUUAACUCCUUUCAUUUCCACCAUUAGCACAAUUGGGAAAACCAAUAGAUUAUUCCCAAAGGGUGCUAAAAACAAAACAAAACUGCAGAGUGACUUCACUGCUUUUAUACAAAGUAUAUAUAUGACUAGUGGCUCUUCCAGUAGGCAAGCUUAGGUUGCUUGUAUGUGUUCAUUUACAGCAAGUCACAGCUGACAGUUUCCCUCCCUUUCAACGCUGCCUCCUUGAUUCUGAGUGUCCAUGCUUCUAGGUUUGUGGGAGAGGAAUGAGGGAAGAUUCACCUAAUACAGUGAUACCUCUGGUUAUGAACUUAAUUCAUUCUGCAGGGCUGUUCUUAACCUGAAGCCAUUCUUAACUUGAGGUGCCACUUUAGCUUAAAGGGCCUCCGUGCUGCCGGCGUGCAAUUUCUGUUCUCAUCCUGAGGUAAAAUUCUUAACCCGAGGUACUACUUCCAGGUUAGCGGAGUCUGCAACCUGCAGUGUUUGUAACCCGAGAUACCACUUUACUACACAGUAAGACAAUGGACGCGGGUGGCGCUGUGGGUAAAACCUCAGUGCCUAGGACUUGCCGAUCGUAUGGUCGGCGGUUCAAAUCCCCACGGUGGGGUGAGCUCCUGUCAUUCGGUCCCAGCUCCUGCCCACCUAGCAGUUCGAAAGCACCCCUAAGUGCAAGUAGAUUAAUAGGUACCGCUUUAUAACGGGAAGGUAAACGGCGUUUCCGUGCGCUGGUGCUGGCUCGCCAGAGCAGCUUCGUCACGCUGGCCACGUGACCCGGAAGUGUCUUCGGACAGUGCUGGCUCCCGGCCUCUUAAGCGAGAUGAGCACGCAACCCCAGAGUCGGUCACGACUGGCCCGUAUGGGCAGGGGUACCUUUACCUUUACCUUUUUAAGACAAUGGUAUGAGAUCCCACAGGGCAUGGAAUCAAGUAGGAACAGAAGGAGCUGGCCUGUGGUGGGAGGGUCCCAAAGGACAUGACAUACUUGUGAGAUCUGGUGAAUGAUGGAGGCCCAGUAAGGAGCUAAAGCCGUCAGGCCCGAUGCAAUGGGGAAAGAGAAUCUGCCAAACCAAAAGGAUCCAUGAUUCAACUUCAGAAUCCAUGUUUUGUCCAAGAAGGGCUCAGCAGAAGUUACCAAGCGUGUACAAUAUGUUCUUAAGUGCUGUCAAUAUUUUUGGUGACUGAAGGGCAAGGAUACGCCAUACUGUUUCUUGUAGGUGCCACACAGUGGCUUUGGAGAUAAGUACAUAGUGCAUGGGAGGAGUGCUGAUUGGACAGCAGCAUCCCUUUGCAUGAGGACCGAGGCUCUGGUGAAAGAGAAGGCAUUGACCCCACCCUCAUGGACCUCUCCAGUACUUGUUUUUUAUUGUAUCUGAUGAAGCACACUUAUAGCAUAAUAUUUAGUAGUAGUCCAGUUGUACCUUGGAUCCCGAACGCCUUGCAAGUCAAACGUUUUGGCUCCUGAACACCGCAAACCUGGAAGUGAGUGUUCUGGCUUGCGAAUGUUCUUUGGAACCCAAAUGUCUGAUGGGGCUUUCGCAGUUUCCGAUUGGCUGCAGAAGCUUCCUGCAGCCAAUCAGAAACUGCACUUUGGUUUCUGAACGUUUUGGAAGUCGAACGGACUUCUGGAACAGAUUCCGCUCGACUUCCAAGGCACAACUGCAUUUAUUACAUUUGUUAUUCACUGCAUACAAAAGAAAAAGAAUCAAAGCAACUUAGCCAGAUAAGAUAAAUAAGGACUUGUCUUAACCACUCCACUAAAAGAUUAUUUAUUUAUUUAUUUAAUUUGUAUGCCACCUUUCAUAUGUAGAUCUCAGGGCAAUUCAGAACAUAAAAUUACAAUAUAAAAAGCACAAGAUACAUAAUAAAAAUAAGAACAAAAACAAACCAAUAAUCCUCCCUCCCACAACACAUUUGAAAGGCCAUUGGAUGUCAAUCAGCCCAAGGCCUAGUUGAAGAGGAACGUUUUUACCUGGUGCUUGAAUGUGUAUAAUGAAGUUACCAAAGGUCUGAGUGAAUAAAAGGGUCCUAGUGUGGUGCCUAAAAACCAAUGAUGAAAGUGCCAGGCAUGUUUCUCCCGGGACAACAAUCCACUGGUGGGAUGGGCUGGCUUGAAAAAGCCCAUUCUUGUGUGGCUACCCUCCAGAACUCCCUCUGUUUGGCACAUGGUGAGAAUACUCAUGUUGGUCUUUAAGGCACCAUAAUGCUCUCUUGUUUUCAGUUGGUCUUUAGCGAGUGCAGGGAAUGCAUUGCAGUCCCCAUUUCUCCCUUCCAACUAGCUGGGUUUCCAGCUGAUUUUCAAAGAGAGGUCCUUGUGCACUUACCCAUUAGCUGAGGAACUGAGUGUAGAGCAGGUACUUGCUUCCCAUGUUCAUUUUGCAUGUUUAAGUUUAUUGCUUUUGUAUUUGUAUGAACCCAGUGGUAGAGUCAAAAUAGAACAACAGGAUAUUAAUAUCAUUAUACAAUAUUGAGAGACAACAUGGAUCUUUUAGACCUGAGAUGAUUGUUGAUGAAUUGGUCUGGUUUCCAAGCAUAGUUUGAAGUGUCAGCUUUGACCUAUAAAGCCCUGUACAUCAUGGGACCUCAGUAUCUGAAAGAUGUCCUCUUCCCAUAUGCAUGUAGGCCCUUCUCUGAGUGCCUCAACAAUAAAUUGUAUCUAUGAAGGUGAGGGUCUUUUCAGUGGUGGACCCUUUGUUGUGAAACACUUAACCCAUAAGGCUCACCUAGCUCCUGUUUUAAUGUAUUUUCAGCCACAGGUAAAUGUUGAAUGGUCACUGUAAAAUGUGAAGGUUCAUUAUUGUUUCACAAGUUGUGUAUGUCUUUAAGGGCCAGGGCAAAUAACAAGACCCAGUCUUGCAGCUGUGAAACAUAGCAGGUGCUGCUAGGUUGUGCUAAUUAAGCUGCGUCAGCAUUUGGUCAUAGUAUAUAAGGAGCAGCACCUAGCUCUCUUUAUCCUGGGGGGGGGGGGGGUUGGUGGUUGGGUCAUGUUUGUUGUUGUUAUCUUUAGUGUAAAAGGAGUUUUUGUUUUGUUAUUAAAACCUUGUUAAAGUUAUUUUUGAGUUCCUUGUUAUGCAUGGUCUCCCCAGCAAGCUCUCUGCACCUCAAAUAGCCAACAGUAAAUACUUAAAAAAAAAUAAAAGUCUAAGCCUUUUAACAUUUUAAAUCAUGUAUCUAAAUACUGUGAUCUCCAUUGGUGGCUUAGAAUGUUGUUCCACCUCUAUGAGGGUGUUUUUGUAGCUAUUAUGAGGGUGUGUUUGUGGCUGCUUUGCAUGUCAUGCUUUAUAAGAGUUUUGCACUGUUCUUAGCGCUUUGCAGGCUGCUCUCAGUGUUGCGUUGUGACUGCUGUUUUACUGGAUUUCUUUUGCAUUCUUUUUAAUGGUUCGUUAGUCAAAGAACUCUAGUUACGCUACAACUUAAUAAAUACGUACAAAUUCAGCACAACAAAUAAAUAAAUUUAUAUCCUGCUUUUUUUGUAACGGUGCCUACUCAAAAGCGGCGAUGUUGUUUUAUGACCUAAUUUCCUCUGAAAGCCACAGCGAAGUGCUGUCCUUUCUGUGCAUCUCGAAGGCCUCCCAUUUUUAUGGCCCAAUUAAUUAUUAAUUUGACUCUCAUCUGCAAAAUCAGAGGGAGUCCGUGUCCUUCCAGGCAGCGCUCGCAUUCGCGCGGUGCCAUCGCAUUCCUGCAGCUCUGCUUUCGCCUACUGUAAUUUCUCUGCUAAUAAAGAAUAUUUAAAAACUGGCCAGGAAUCCUAAAUUUGAAAAACUCGCUGUUUAUUUCAGUGAUGCUCCAGAGAAAUGAUAAUGCAGUCCUUUUCCAGAUUUAAUUUAAACAGGAACAGGCAAAACAAAUCUCUGUGGAGGGCAUUUGACAAUAAUAAAAUAUUUCUCCCAGCGGGUGAGCUGGUAGCAAUUGUAUUGUUGCCAUCAAAGCUCACGUUGCAGCAGGUCAUUACCAUCAUAACAAGCCCUUGGACCAACUGGCAUGGGCAUGCAACAUUGAGCUCCUGAUGGGCACAUUAUUUCAGACCUUUAACUUCACAGAGAACAAGACAAAUGCUCCUGGGAAAGGAGGAUUAUAUUUUAAAAUUCCUUUCUCUCUCCUCCCCCCUCCCACCCUCCAGCCUCGCUUAAUAAUAAGAUGCCACACGUAAUCAAUUGGACGCUUCUUGCUUUCUGUAUAUUAACUGAUUUUAAGAAAACUGAAGGAUGGGUAUUUGAGUCUUGUGGAAGAACGGCUGUAAAGCCUAAUAAAAGGAUAAACACUGCUCAUGUCUAAGACGUCUCAGUUCACAGCGCACAUGAAAGCAAAGCAAAAUAAAAUAAAGGGGGAAAGGGGGCAAAUAGCAACAGGAUUCCUAUUUUUGGCAUUCAGGUGAAAUUUACAGAGUACGGUAUGCUGUAGGACAGGAAUAGAGAGGCUGCGCCUGUAUACAAUUGUUGGGCUGCAACUCCCAACAGUCCUACCCAGCGCGACCAACGAUCAAGGCGGAUGGGAGCUGUAGUCCAGCAAUAUCUGGAAGGGCAAAAGAUUUUCCAACUUUGAUAUCAGCACGAUUUGUUCUCUUCAACAUUUUUGCAAUUUAGAUAUUACUAUGUAAGUCUUUCUCGACUGCUGGCAUCAGCAGCUCAAGCUGCCAUGGUCCUUCCCAGGUCACCAAGCUCAUCUUCCACAUUUUGGUAACCACAUCCUUGGCCCUUGAUAAAGGGCUUCUUCACAGAUCGGUACCUACUUAUAACUGAGCUGACAUUUCCCAGGAGGAACUUCUAGUUCAAACUGGGGGUGUGGGGGCGAGACUAAAGGAGCACAGCAUAUAUCUCUCUCUUUUUUAAUUUACUGCCACCAGUUUCAGUUCUCCCAAGACUGCCAUUUCCCUCCUCGAAAGCUGCUAUCAUAAUGAUGCUACAUGAUGACUGCGUGUCACCCUGGACCAUUUGGGUAUAAAAAUGGCAAGCACUAAUCAUCGGGCACUUGGAGAAAUACCAAUAACAACACUGGUAAGACCUUAUUCCAUUCUUCUUUGCUGAGGUGCCCCCUAUUUUACCACCUGCAAAUGGGGUGUGGCAAUAUGUGGUGUGUGUGUAUUUGUCUCUGUUUUAAUUUAAUAUGCAUUUUACAUUUUGAUUUUACUUUACAAUGUUUUAAGUUAUUGCAAGCCAUUUUGUGGGUCCUUAUGGUUCAGAAAGCAGAAUAUAAAUCAAAUGAAUGAAUCAAUCUUUGUUCUCAGCAUGUUGCCAGCCACUUUAGCCAUGUAUGUUCAGUAGGGAGGCUUGGCACUAGGUGCAGGGAAGGUCAGUGACAGAUGAAAAUCAGUAGCAUCUUGCUGAAAUGAACAUUUCUCUUGCAAUAUGCCUUCUGCAAGGGGUAUUUUUGUUGUAGGGACAUAUCAAGUGAUCUCUACAAAGUGGACUUGAGCGGGAAUGAUUAUGAAUUCAGUGGUCGAUCUUGAAAUCAGACGGAGUCACAGAAUGCCAGUAGAUUUCAGGAUCUUAAAUUUCUGCACAAAACCACUUGUAACUGUGGUGCCUUUGCUUCGUAUUUGAAAUGGAGUCCUCUGUUUACCAGUGCCAGGGGCUACUGGGCACUGGGUACAGUAUUACUUAACUGCCUCUCUUGGAUUUUUGCAAUGCUGUUAGGUUUCAUGGGGGAAUGUGUGGUUUCCUUUUCCAAAUCUUGGAAAGCCCUUGUUACUUUUCAGCAAAAUAUUUUGCUCCUCUCUGGGAAAAUGGUGUUUGAGCAAGCAGAUGCUCACUGGAUCCAUUCAGACACUCAUAACAGAUAUCAGUUACCCAGAGGAUUUUGUAAAUUGACAGCUGUGUAUGACACACAGUGUUUACCCUGCUAGUCCUGGUUCCUAUAUUUGGACUAGCCAAAUACUAUAUGAGAGUUUGCCACAGUCCCAAUACAGUUUUUAUGUGUCAGGACUGCUGAAUCAGUGCACCCAAGACCCAAGAAAAGCCACCUGCUGGAAACAGCUGUCACUGCAUGGCCGGGGCUAUGAUAUAUAGGGUUUCUCAGAUUCAAGCCACAGCAAGGAAAAGUCUUGCUUCAUGCAACCAUUUUGUCAGCAUGCAUUUAAAGAUGAUCAAUGCAGCCUAAUCCCAUGGCUAAGCCUGGAACCUCAGUGAAAUGGCUUUUGGGAUUUGGGGAAUCAGCCUAGAGAGUCUACACCUAGGAAACAGUGAAAAGAACAUGCAUGUAAAUAUGAUAAAAUGCAUGAGGCAGAUGAUCAGCUCUUUUUUUAGAGGGCAACUAGCAAUCAGGUGCCAAAAAUCUGGGUUAAUUUUUAUAAUAGAGAAACAGAGCAUGGAAUAAAAUGGCAGUAGUAUAGUAAUAGCCCAAUUUUAUACAAGUUCACUCAGAAGUAAAUCCAUUUGGUGUCUCAACCAACAAAGCACAUGUGCAACAGCUGUGCUGGAACUUGAUAGCUGGAAAUUGUCUUGCGUGAGUGGAGGUCAAUUUGCGUGUAUUUGGGUACACGCUUACUAAUUGGAUGGGGAAGAAACCACUCCUUCCCCCUUCAGUCUCUCCCCCCACCCGGAAGAUAUGGUUAAUUGUUACAUCUGAAUGAAUAAUUGGAAGCAAGCCAUGACACGGGACUAAUUUGAAGUGAGUUUGCAUUAUACUGAAAAUAUCAAAUGGGCCUGCACUAAGCAAGUCAUGGCUAAAGAGAGAAAAAGUUGCACAGCAAGUUAAACCAUGGUUUCAGCAAUAAAUAAUAAUGAUCACAAACCAUUGUUAAGUCUUACAUCUGGGCUGGGCAUGGGUGAACAAAAAGCCACAGUCAAUAAUAGUCCUAAUAGUGUCAUGAAUUCUUCACAACAAAAGAAAAUAUUUUAGGAAAUUUCUUUCUAGUAACUCCUCCAAAAAUCAGGUGCUACAGAUAGUCUUUUUUUUUGUCAUAAUUUGGAAUCUCCGUGAAGACAUGUUUUACGAACGCAAUAUACCAAUACCAAAAGGGAACCUGGUGAUUUAUCUUAAUAGUGGAAGGAGGUGGUGGAAAAACAGGGGCAGGGGCUGAAUACUCCGUUGUCUUUAGAAACCUUUGUGUCAUACGACCUCUCUAGGGACUGCCUAGCACUGAAGGUGAGAAACAUGUUGAGCAAACAAAUGACAAAAUACUAUCACGACAGGCUAAAAAGCAAAAUUAGUAGUUGUAUGUUGAUUCUAUAAAAAGUCUUCUAGAAGCAAAAGUUGACCCUGUGGCAAGAAGGUACCACCUUUCUGACUCAAGCCAGAGAUGCUGUUUCCUGAUACAUUUAAAUCAAGGCUCAGCUAUGGUCCUGGAGAAUUACUAAUGAUCAUCAUUAACACCUAUCUACAUUAUCACUCUACUAGCAUUUUGGCUUGCAAUUCAUAAAUGCUGUUGCAAAUAAGAACUUACUUUACUUUAUUUUUUAAAAAAGAUUAUCCAAUUUGUAAAAUAAAUGAAUAAAUCACAUUUUAGGAGUGGAAUGAUGACUAUAGCUGUUGAUGAAGAAAACAAAUAGCCCAUUGUAGACAGUAGUAAUAUGAUCUCAAAAUUGCAGGGAACUUUUCUUUUAUGACACUGACUGAGAGGUAAUGAUUUUCAGUAACGUGGCUUGAUGUGGAGAUGUUUUAAGAUUAAAUAAGUGCUUGUCAGAAUGAAUUAUAAUGUGUUAAGGGACAGUCUGCAUAUUCAGGUGUAUGCAAAAUGACUAUACCACCCUGAAAUUCAUUUUGACAAGUCUUUAUAUAGCAUGUAGCCAUGUGGCUACAUUAGCUGGAGGGCGUAGAUCCUUAGAGCUCUACUAAAGGUAGGGCUUAUUGAUUUGAUUCCUUGAUGUGGGGGCGGGGGAAGCAAAACAAAAGCCACAACGCACAAAUAAAUUAAAAGCAAUUAAAAGUGGAAGCUUGUUUAAUAUUGCUCUACCAUCAUCCUGAAAGGCAUAAUAAUUUGAGUUACACAUCUGAACUGAUUGGAGUUACAGAACCAUAUCUCCUUUUUGCAUUUAACAAUAUAUACAAUAUAAAAUAAAUACAUUUACACAAAUGGACAUUGGUUGGAGCACACAGUAUGAUACACAUCACAAAAAUAUACAGUUGAUUGCUUUACAGAUGUGAAGCCCAUCUACAGCUAUAGACAUGAUUUUUUUUUCAUUUGUGUUUUUUACUAGUGGUUAUUAUGCAACUCCUGGAUUAUAAUAAGCAGCUUAAUUCAGUUUCCCCCCCUCUUUUGUGAUCUUUGCACAAUAAGACUGCCAUAAAGUGUUUUCCUAGGCAGGUAAACAGAGACGCUUAAAUAAUUAAAAUACAAUUACCAACACCCAUUUUCUCUUCCAUAAGAAAAAUAGCAGUUUUAAUUUUUUAUAUCUUUUUAUGUUAGCAUUUAAAUGCAAAAUAGUGGAAUAAAUACAACAAUCUGAUUUGAUUGAAACAAAUGCGUAACUUCCAGGAGUCACACAAUCAUAUUGCUUUAAAUAAGGAGAAAGAAAUAGCAGUAAGAGGAAAGAAAAUAGCCUAUUAGAAAUUUCUUCUGCACAUUGAACUGAAUGGGGGAGCCAAACAAGACCAUAGAGCUCUUACACAAUACCCUUUCAUUUCAAUGGCUUGUGCAGGAGAAAUUCCAUCUGGAUCAAUUCCCCUAAAUGAAAUUUGUUAUGCUAAAACACCUUUUGAAAUCUUCCCCAAUACUUCACAAUAAAUAAGUUAAAAUUUCGUUCAGCAAGGUUUAAGAUGAAUGUUAUUCUAAUGCCUGUGCAGUGUAUCUGUGUUUCAGUUAACAAUUGUACAGCCACGAGAUAUUUGUUCAUUGCAGCUCUAAAAAUUACUGAAAACCAAUAGUAAAAAAAAAUUGCACUGUGUUCCUUUAACACAUUCCAGCUUUCUUAAGUCUUUGUAUGCUUUUCUUUUCUGAGUGUGUUGAUUGGCUAUUGACCCUGAAAACCCAAGUUCUUCAAUGCGAUACAGCAAAAACAAUAUUUAUAUUAGAUAUUUAUAUAUACAUAUAUAGUGUAGUUGAACAGUAGCAACUUAAACCCUGCACAAAUUUUCUGGAAAAUAAUUAUUCUGCACUCUUACAUAUAUAAAUAAUUUUAUAGAAUCAGCACCAUUUCCCUCCCCCGCCCCCAGGAGUUGUGAGGUUUUGCCAUUUUUCAAAAGGGACGUGCCAAUUUCCAAACUCCUAUCACGCUAUUAAUUUCAAGUUAUUGGCCAACUGAAUGAAUUGCUAAUGAUGAUUUAUCUAGGACCACACGACAGUCACUUCUCUACUGAGAAAAACACAAUCUACAAGAGAAUCCCAUAUAGCUAAUGAGAGAUAUACAGUAUUUCUAGCACAAGGUUGAUGUAUCAUCAGCCUGUUGUAUUUUGUUUAAAGCACACAAGUAGCAAUAAUUUUGGAAACGUGUCUGCAUUUAAAAAAAAAGGUUUUGCAACAACACAGAGCAAGUUAAUAACAACAUCUGAGAGAUGAUUGGAUGAAAGCUAUAUUUACAGCGUUUAAAAAUUAGACUUAUCUAUAAUCUUGAAAUAUUCAAAGUUUUAUUUCUAAGCUAUACAUAGGUAUUCUAUAAUAAACUGUUACAGAAAUUAUCCCUUGUUUUGAAAAUAUUAUGAUUUCAAUGUGUAUUUGUCCAUAAUGAGUACUUGGUUGGAUUUUUUUUUCCAAUUUCUUAAUUAUUACUAGGAAGAACCUUAUUAUCAGAAGGAAUAGAAUAUACUACUGAAGUCUCCUGAGGAAUUUUACAUCCAAUAUUGUCUCUAAUUCUACCCUGUGUCUAUAAGCACACGCCACAAGAAUCCAAACACCACAAGAACAAGACAACAGUCUUUGAAUGCAACAGAAAAAAUUCCAAAAAGCACAGCAAACAUGAAACAUUGAAAAGCUGAACUACAUUUCCUUUGUUUGUUAGGAUUACAAUUUUAAUUACAUUUGUGUACAUAGAGUAAGGUUGUUCACAUAGUACAGGGAGCAGCUACUAACACUGGUACAUUGGUAUAGCAUUUGAUGGAGGUUAUUGUUUAUUGGUUAUUUAGCGACUGUAGUUUUCUGGGGGCAUCUAAUUAGUUUAUACAUUAGAUUACACCUCUUAACAGUCUUGAAAUCGACCAACUUUUAUGCUGUGACAACACUGGUUGAAAAAGCAGGUAUACUGGUUAGGCUGUUUGUUUAAAAAUGGCAAUCUACCCAAAAUAAUAUUUUUUACAAAUUAAUAAAUAAUGGGUACAAGUGCUAGGUUCUUGAAUUUGGUCAGAGGCUGACUAUUCUGAUAUCUGAUUCUGCCUUAUUGCUAGUUGCAGUGGGUUGAACUUUGGAAUAAAGUCUGCAAUUUUGUAAAGACAAGCCAUAUUAUUAAUUAACACACAAUAUCAUGUAGCAAUUGUACCUUGGCCGUACAGAAGCACUUACUAACUUUUUUUUUUUAAUUCCUAUUUGACAUGGCAUCUUAACAUGUUAGACUACUCUGAUAUACUGUAGGUGUAAUCUAAUCCUUUGUUUCAGUGAACACUUAA